AUGAAGCAACUUGAUGUGUACCAUAUGAUGGUCGUUUCACAAUAUUUUUCAACGAUAAAUGACUUAAUUGUAUUGGAGAUGGUGUGUAAAAAGUUUCAAGGAAAUAUGGACAAAUUUCACAAUAACCCCGUCCCAAUAAACACAAAGACAAUCAAGUUUUUCCCACACAUUGAAACACUCAAUUUAUGGGACGGUGACGAUGAAGUUUUUGGUAAUACAAUACUCGAUGAAAAGAAACACCAAACAACACACAAACUCGACUUUUACCACAUCAAUGUUUGGUUUGCAGUGACCUACACUUGCACUCAACGCCAUUUACACACAAAUAUUUCAUUUAAGAAUGUUGUAUACACAGUAAGUGACAAAUAUGUCUAUAGUGACGAUAUACCAAGUACAAUCAACACGCUUGGUAAUGAGUUGUAUAUGCGUUCUAAAUAUGAAACCGUUAUAGUACCAAAUACAAUCACUUCACUCAAUAAUAACUGUUUUAACUGGUGUGAAAAGUUAACCGCAAUAACACUUUCAAGCAACCUGAGACAAAUUGGGAGUUUUUGUUUUAAUAGCUGUUUUGCAUUGAAAGAACUGAAUCUCCCAAAAACAGUCUUAAAAAUCGGACAAUGUUUAUUAGAAAACUGUUCCCAUCUCACAUCAAUCAGUGUGCCAGAAACACUCACUUCUUUGCCACCGUAUUGUUUCCGUUUUUGCAGUGCGUUGAGCAGUUUUUCGUUUCCUGACCACCUGAAGUCGAUUGGCGAUUGUUGUUUCCAAUUUUGUUCCUCGUUGAAAUCAAUUGCAAUACCCGAUUGUGAGUGUUUUAUUGGUAAAAAGGCGUUUGACAAUUGCAAAAAGUUGACUUCGUGUUAUAUUAAAGGAAGAGUCGACACUUUGGGUGAGUUGUGUUUUAAUUGUUGUGAAUCUCUUGUCUCGGUUGACAUCACAAGCACGGUUACUAGUAUUGGGAAGUCUUGUUUUCUCGAUUGUCACAUGUUAAAGAAUAUAAGUCUUCCUUUACAAUUGCAAGAAAUACCUUUCGAGUGUUUUUUAAAUUGCAAAAAUUUGGAAAAAGUUGAUAUACCCAAAAACGUCAGUGUUUUGGGACCUUGUGCGUUUAGUCUGUGUACCAAAUUACAAACAGUUGUAAUACCAAGUCGUGUAAAGUCGAUUGGAUACAACUGUUUUUAUGAUUGUCAAUCUCUGGAAAUCACCAUACCAAGCACAGUCACGUUGAUUGAAAAAUGCUGUUUUAUGAAGUGCAAAAAGACCUAUACUUUAAAAGUUGCUUUUUAUCAAGAUAGAACAGUUGUAAUCAAGCUAACCUCAAAAACCACACUUGGAAAACUAUUUUUAGGUUUUAAUCAAAAAUACACACUUUUGGGAAAACAAUGA